AUGAGUCAAGAUUUAAGCCGGGCGUCCACCGAAAGCGGUGCUGUGCUGUGCUGCGUUGGGCUAUGCUGUGCUGUGCUGGGCAAAGCUGUAGUUGGACAGUCCACCAAAAAAAUUGAAAAGAAUCUUUUUGAUUUAAGUUCAGAAGAGGAUGAUUCCGAAGAUGAGCAUACAAAUAAUUUAUUAAGUUGUAUGCUUAUGGCGGAUAAAAGAAAACACAUAUUUUGGAUAUCAAAUCAUUUAGUAGAGCGAAAACAAUUUGGCGAAUUUCAUAAAUUAAUUCCAGUGUUAAGUGAUGAGCAGUUUAAAAAUUACUUUAGGCUUUCUAGAGCUCAGUUUGUGGAAAUUCAUGAAUUAAUAAGAUUUGAAAUUAUAAAGCUUAAUACGAACUACCGAGAAAGUGUCACAACAGAGGAGCGUUUGGGUGUAUGUUUAAGAUUUCUAGCGACGGGCGAUUCCUACAAAACAAUUGGAUAUAGUUUCCGUUUAGGAGAAAGAACUGUCUCAAAGAUAGUUAAUGAAGUUUGUUCAUCCCUUUGGUCCCAGUUGCAACCGACAUUCAUGAAAAUGCCCGACCAAGAGUCUUGGAAAGCCUAUGAAUUGGAAUUUAGAGAACGAUGGCAGUUUCCAAAAUGUGUCGGUGCUAUAGACGGCAAGCAUGUGGUUAUAAAAGCCCCACCGAAUUCAGGUUCAUCGUUUUUUAACUACAAGAAAACUUUUUCUGUAGUAUUGAUGGCCAUAGCAAGUGCCAAUUAUCAACUGAUUGCAGUCGACAUUGGGUCAUCAGGCAGAUUUAGUGACGGGGGAAUAUUUGCUGAUAGUCCUAUUGGGCGAAGCGUCAAUCGAACACAAAGCGGUCAUGCGGCCCCGCACGACAUAGCUUGUCUCGCCGCACAGCGCCCCAGCUUUAGUGGACGGUACUUCAUAAGAAUGCAUUGGCAACCCAGCACCGCUCAACGCCGCUCCACCCAGCACAGCACAGCACCGCUUUCGGUGGACGCCCGGCUUUAUGUCGAUGCAUGCAGCACUGCUCGCCGCCUCACUAUGUGCGCAUCAACUUGA